AUACCGGGACUUCAAUAUUUCCAAUUCGCGAAUUGAUAAAGCUCGUACUCUCCCGCGCUUUUUCCUCGUGAGAAAUGUCAGCGACCGAAGAAGCUCAACCAUCAAGCACGAACUCCGAUCCCAACGGUCAGACGCUGAAGUUCGCCGUGGCCAUCUCUCUUCUCCGAUCGAAGCUUCUUCAAAACCGGUCCAAUCCUUCUGAGUCCGACGCUCUCCGAUGGAAGCGAAAGGCUAAGGAGCGAAAGCAAGAGAUACUGAGACUCAGAGAAGAUCUCAAGGAAGCCGAAGAUGCUACGCAGUGCGAUCUGUUUCCGCAAAGCGCUUCUUGCAAGUGCUAUUUCUUUGAUAAUUUGGGGAAAUUGAGCUCUACGCGACUUGGAGACGGCUCUGAUCGCAGAUUCAACGACGUUCUUCGCCGGAGAUUUCUCAGACAAGUGCGCUUCAAGGAAAGGAGAAGAAAAGCAGGUGGAUCACUUCAGCGACGUCAUUCUUCAGACUUGAAUAUUGAAGUUGAUACGGAGCAGCUCAGAGCCUCCGUUGAUUUUCUGGUGGAGCUUUGUGACACUGUUUGUCCGGUGGGAGAGGCCAAUUUAACUAAAUGGGGACACCAGGCUGUAGAGUUUAUCCUAGCUUCCUUGACGAAUCUAUUGUCAACUGAAAGGAACAUGGAACUCAUUGAAGGAAUCGUCAGCAGCUUAAUUAUGCAUUUGGUUAGAAGGAUGUGUUCCCCCUUGAAAGUAGAUGAGUCACUUCACACCGACUCUGAUGCCCAGUUCUAUGUUCAGCACUUGAUUCGUAAGCUUGGAAGUGAAGCCUACAUUGGACAACGUGCAAUACUUUCAGUUUCUGAGAGAAUUUCUGUACUAGCUGAAAGUUUGCUUUUCUUAGAUCCAUUUGAUGAUUCUUUUUCCAACACGCAUGAGUGCAUGUUCAAACUGAUCCAGCUUAUUGAGUUUCUGAUAUCAGACUACUUACUAAUGUGGUCAAGAGAUGAAGGCUUUGACAAGAUGCUGUUCGAAGAGUGGGUGGCAUCAAUUCUACAUGUGCGGAAAGCAUUGGAACUUUUGGAAAACAGAAAUGGGCUUUAUGUGCUUUACAUGGAUCGAGUCACAGGUGAAUUGGCUAAACAAGUAGGACAGUCUUCAUCACUCCAGAUGCUCAAACCGGAGAUUCUUGAUAAUCUGUUCCACUGAAUACAUCUUCGCAUGUUACUUCUGGGAAAUUCUCUCUAGGAAGUACAAGCAAGCUCGUUGUCGUUAGCUCGGGGGUUGGAGAUCUCGACAAUGACGACUGCCGGAUCACCGGGCUGGUACACGUCAUUUUUCUUCUAGAGCUUCAGAGUUAGCCGGAGCUGGAGUGAUCUGGUGAGCUCGUCGUCGCUGGCUUGGGGGUUAGAGAACUUGAUGAUGACGACUACCGAAUCGCCGUGUUGGUCUUCAGAGUCGGCCGGAGUUGGAGCGAUCUGGCGAGCUCGUCGUCGCUGGCUUGGAGAUCUCGACGGUGACUGAAGCUCAGUCUUCACUUUCUUCAUCUUGAUCACAGUUUUAACAAAAAAAAUAAAAAAUAUAAAAAAUAAUUAUUUUAAUAAGAUAGAUAAAAAUCUAAAUAAUCAGUUGGAUGGUAGUUUUGUAAGUGAUUAGCUAAACUAGAAAAAAUAAAUUUUGAUUAUUUAGAAAAGAUAAAAAAUUGCAUCAUCCAAUGUGAAUGCUCU